AAUGUGGCAGCAUUUUUAUUAAAUGACGUUUUUCUACAACUGGCAACUCCCUAAACAAAAACGAGCUGUCAAUUGUGUAAAGUUAGACAAAAAUAUAUUGUGUGUCGUUUGUUUUUUCACAGUGUUUUAAUAAGUGUGUGGUGCGUUUUCUCUUUUUUUAAUAAACUCCCAAGCAAAUUUUAACUAAUUAAACAAAUCCCAACAAUAACAAAGUUAAUUAAAACAAAAAUUAGUAGUAAAACUACUAAGCCGCUUAAGUGGUUAAAAAAACUGUUUAACAAAAACAAAUCUUUACAAAACUCCAAAAAAAAAAAAAAAACAAAAAAGUGUUAAUAAUGAGCGAUUUGGAAAAUGCCAAUUCCGUGUUUGAUAUAAGUGUUAAAUUAUGUGCUGCCAUUGAAAAACACAAAUGUCUUUACGAUCGCAAUUCGGUGCGUAAAAAUUCUACGCCGGAAUGUGAAAAAGCUUGGCAAGUAGUCGCCAAAGAGUGUAAUCAAACCGUUGAUUAUUGUAGAAAUCGUUGGAAGAAUUUACUCAGAGCCUUCUAUCAGGGUAUAAAUCGACGAGGUAAUCCCUAUUAUUUGCAUGAUUAUAUGAGCUAUCUUUUGGAAGAUGAAAAUAAGGCAAAAUCCAAACGUCAACCAGAAGCGACUUUAAAUGAUGAAACAAAUUCCACUAUUACGCAUGAUGAUAUAGUGAAUGUAGAUGAUGAUGAAGCUGAGGAAAGUGAUAGUAAUACCAAUAGUGCUGAUGAAUCAAAUGAAAAAAUAGACGGAAACAAGAGCCAAGGGGGUGGUGGUGGUUUUAUAAUAGAUGAAAUCGGUGAAGAGGCGGGCGAGGGUGAAAAUCGCGAAAGACGUUUAAGUUAUAAACGUUCAUGCAAAAGGGGCUUGGAUCCUGAGUUAUUGGGGGACUUAGGCGAUGAAGAUUCACAAGAACCGGGGUCUAAACGUUCACGUAAAGUGCUAAAGGAGGGAGGAAAACGUUCGGAACAUAAUGAUUUAGAGUUAUUGUCGAAUAAAAAAGUUGUGGUUAGAAUGGAUAAAAUUAAAAUCAAUAAACCAUUUAAUGAUAAUAAGAGUGCCGAAGAGUUAGAGGAAAUGCGUUCUAAGAUGAUAAAGGAUACGAUGAAUUCUACUGAGCGGUUUUCUAUGGAAACAAAAACCUCUACUCCUAAAGCUGUUAAAAUGGUGGAUUCUAGUACUUCUACAGCAGUGGCUACUAGAUGUAUGGGAACACAGUAUGAAAAUUCUAUUGAUUUUAUGGAUUAUGAUGAAAUUUUUAUGCAAUCAAUUAAGCAACGUCUGCAGGAAAUGAAUGCUAGACAAAAAAUGAAUUUUAAAGCAAAAAUUUAUAAGUCAUUAUUAGAAGUAUUCGAUGAUACGGCAGACUUUCCAGGAUCAAAUGAGGUACUUAAAUUACCACAUAAAAAACCGCAAGUGAUUAAUACUACCACGGGAGAGUUAAGAUUAAUGCGUGAAUUGGUUUCUUUGGUACAGGCAGCCAAAAGUACACCUGAAAUUGUAAAUGCUAAGGAAAAAGUAAAAACGAUUACGGCAAUGGCUCCUGCUCCGGCUGCUCAAACGGUUCCAGCACCUAUUGCCAGCAAAACUCCUAUUAAAUUGCCGAUGCCUAAUAAUACUGACAAUAGCUCAAAGGCACAAAUAUCCCCUCUCUCCCUAAGUCCCACUUUAGAUGAUGAUGAUUUUCAAUUCUCUCUGGACAAUAUAGAUGAUGAUGACGAUCUAGAUUUACCACGCACUUGGGAGGAGAUCAAAGCUAAACCCUCAGAACCGGCAAAGACUGCAGCUAGCGUUACACCAACAGUAGAGGAAAAUGUUAUGGGUUUGCCACGGCGCAUUUUGCAAAAAGUCGUAAGAGUUUCAGGCUCUUCUGGCAGUACUAUAGUAGCUAGAGAUGGUGAUAGAAAACGUAUUUAUCGUAUAUAUCCGAAAACAAUGAAUCCUAACAAUAACACAACUUCUUCUACCAUCGCUAAUAAAAAUACCAAUAUGGGCACCUUUUAUGUCACACCAGCCAAGGGCCCAGGAGAAACAGGUUCAGCCCAAAACACUAAUAAAAAUCAGAGUAAUAUGUCCAAUAUAACUGUACGUUCAUUUAAUACUAAUAACAUUAAUAAUAAUAUAACUCCUGUAACAACUUCUAACUCUGAUGCCACAACUUCUGCAAAUAGCAGCAAUCAAUCUACUGCAACUAAUUCAGGAAAUCAAACAGCAUUCAAAAAUGUACACCCCGCUAAUCGUAUACUAAGCUCCACUACUGGUUUAUUUAAAACGGUACCUUCGCCAAAACCUCUUACUAAUCCCAUUAAUCAAAAACCUGCAAAUGUACAGACAACCUCCAAUUUCCCCACCUCCACUGUAACCAAAGUCACAGCGAUGUCCAAAAAUCCGAUGUUGCCACCCACUUCAGCUAAUCUCGCGGCUAAAAGACAAAUAGUUCGUAGUCACAUUAAUGCUCCACAAAUUAUGCAAAGACGUUAUUCUAUAUGUGGUCCUUUGCCGGCGGAGAAAACCCAACCUACUCCAACCACUAUGACAGGCUCUCCUAUUACUUCCAAAGGUUUAAAUGCACUCAAUAACAGACCCCAAACUCAGUCUUCAAAUUCUUCUUCAGUGUCACAAAUACAAAUCUCACAACCCAUCAGCCUUAAUACCGCAGCCGCCAAAACCUCAAACACCCAAACCUUACCAACUAGAAGCGUAUCUGAUUACUCUACUCCAGUUGCUGAUAUAAAAAUCUCUUUUAAAGAACCAGCUGCCAACAAACCUAAAACCCCAGCUGCAUCCACCGAAGAAAUACCCAUUUUAGAGACCGCCGGCACAGUGGGUGUUGAUGUUUUGGAUCCUUUGUUUGUUAAGCAGUCUCACAUUAAAUCGGAACCUUCAGACGAUUAAACUGAAACUUAUUUAUUAACUUUUUUGUAUGUGUUUUAUUAUCUCUUUAUUUCCGUGUGUAUGUAUAUAAUUUUUAUUACAUAUUAAAAUUAAACCAAGUUUUUCAGUGAAUAAAUAUUGAAAUAAAUUUCAA